UGCAAAAUGACAAUAUCACAGUAACAACUGGAGCAAUAAUCCAGUUGCUGUUCAGGCUUUUCCUAGUGGAUACCUGGACUGGUUCUCAGAAUACUCUUAUAUGAAGUUUUAAUUGAUGCCUUUGGCUUGUUUUCUUGAUGCAAUGAAUAAGCAUUGAGCCAUCUUGCAGCUUCAGCAUUUUCAGUCAUAGGCAACUGUGAGACAGUGUUACUUUGUCCAUCUAUGUUGCAGGCAGUUCCUCAGGCAGGUUUUAAUCUUUCAGGGUUAGCAGUAGAGCAGUGAUUUAUGCAACUAUCUUGAUACACAGUAAGACUUUCUUGUAAUGCUUUCCUAACCAAAAGUGCAACCAAGACUUGUAAUAUUGAUUUCUAAUUAACUUAGAUAAAAUGAUCUGGGCCUAUGGUCCUGUUUGGUUAAUCUUGAUUGAAGCCUGGCUCUUGCUUCCUAAAACAGGUUUGGAAGUUCUUGUGGUAUAAGUCCUAAGCACAGUUGCAUGUGAGCUGGAGAUGAAAUACAGUAAAUGUUCUUUCUCUUAUGCGGUAUGUGCUUUAUUAUAAUAGCUUUUUUUUUUCCUGGGCUGAUUUAUGCCUUUGCCUUCUGUGCAACUUGGAGAAAUGAGGUUAAUUAUGUCAAAAGAUAUUUUCUUUCAAUGUGCGCUUGAAGACUAAGUUCAAACAGUAAACAGUUUAGAAAAACAUCACGGUUACAAACGUGGCUUAUUAUAAAGGGAUAAUAAAAACCUUUUACUUAAUUGAAUUAAACUAGCUCUUAAAAGAACUUUUAAUUCCUUUUCAGUGCCCUUACUGCAAAGGAAGUAUAAUUACAGCAGACCAUGGGUCUCUCUAGUACUCUGUGGAACACAAUGCUUGCUAGUCAAGAGUCAUUUCCAUGUUAACAGGUACAGAAUCCCUGAAUAGAGGCAUAAGUGAACGCAAACUUGUAGUAAGAUCAGAAUUAUGGGUGAAAGGUGUGCAAACAUGCAGAUAGGAAUUAGUUGUAUAACUACAUGCAUCAAAUUUGUGUAAUGACAAAGUUCUGCUGAGAUAUCUCAGUGCAGGCCACUUGAGUUUACCUUCCCUGCAGUAAGACAGAAAGAUUAGAGGAGCUUAAAGACCCCAUGGCUUCAGGCACAGCUCUGGCUUUUUAAGAGUCUUGUUUUCACAAGAGUGUUUUUGAACUGCAAAUCAAAUAGUUUGUGGGUUGGGUUGAAAGGGAAACUGAAUAUUACUUCAAAUUCUGCUAAUAAAUUAUAGGGUUAGUUGGUUCGAGUUCACUGUCUUACUAAAGCAGUUGAGUGAAUACUGUACUUUUUUUUUUGUCAGGGUCUUAAAGGAGUUCACGGAACUACUUCAGCUUCUGAUAUAAAUUUAGAUUUCUGUAUCAGAAUGCUGUGGUGUAGUUAAAUAAUUCAUAUGCAGCAUUACUUAAGCCUAAACUAAAGCAGUUUAAUAACGCUUCUUAACUUGAAUGUAUGCACUGCAAAGGGUAGUAUUUUAUCCAGGAGGAGAAUAACUUGUGGAGUGUGUAGUCCAGGAAAAACUUCUAGUAUCCAAUAUGUUUCUAUGGGCAAGAGAAUUUUUUUUAAAAUCAAGCCCACUCGAUUUGCGGGCAUACAUCUAUAUGCUUAGUCAUGUAAACUUUGGCCUGACUAUAUUAGUUGCUCUAACUGGUGUCUUGUUUCAAUACUUAAAUGAUUUAAAGUAGACAGAUAUCUUCAUUGGUAGCAAGCUGGUCUGUGAACAAAUUCAAGAUUGAAGAAUAUAGCUAGUUCGAAGCAUUUAUUAUUUAGAAAAUCUAAUAUACCCAGCGAGUGUCAGCCACAUGUUUGCCAUGUAUAGAUUUGGGGAAGCAUGAGACACUUACUGUCUAGCAUACUGCCAGGCAUAAACGAAAGACCAGGUAGCUAGUAUUAAAUUAGCAAACCUGUUUUGAUAGCUCUUCAAAAUGUAGUUCUUCUAAUUAGCUUCCAGACCUGGCAAUAUGUUUUCCAGCUCCUGGAAACAUGAUAAAUUUUCUUGGCAGGUUUAUCCUGCAGGGGACUGUGGCUUACAGCUAGUAAAGAAAAUGACCUUGCAGAGAGGAGAUAAGAAUGUUAAUGAUAGUCUAAAAAACGGAUAAAUGUCUUUCUCUAGUUGUGGGAAGAAUCCCAAAUCUUCCACAUGACUGUCAAGUUUGGAAUAGAUACGUUUUGAGGUUAACUUACACCAAAAGCAGUUUACAAUAGGAAAUACUGUUCCACCAUUUCAGUCUCUACUCAUCUUCCAAAACAGGUAUCUUUCACAGAUAAGGUUUCUCAAUGGGUAUAACCUUGGACCUUGAAGACAAACAAACUAUCCUUCUUUGGUGAUAUGCUGGGUCAUAAUGGUUUCCAUACCUGAAUACUACGAAGGAAAGAAUGUCCUCCUGACAGGAGCUACAGGUUUCAUGGGAAAAGUGCUUCUGGAAAAGCUGCUCAGAUCUUGUCCUAAAGUACAAGCGGUGUAUGUAUUGGUAAGACACAAAUCAGGGCAGACGCCUGAAGCACGAAUACAGGAAAUAACCAGCUGUAAGCUCUUUGACAGGUUGAGAGAGGAGCAGCCUGACUUCAAAGAAAAAAUAAUAGUAAUUACAAGUGAACUUACACAGCCUGAACUGGACCUUAGUAGCCCAAUCAAACAAAAACUUAUAGACUGCAUUAAUAUUAUAUUUCAUUGUGCUGCUACAGUCAGAUUUAAUGAAACGCUAAGAGAUGCUGUUCAGUUAAAUGUGCUUUCCACGAAACAGUUCCUCUCAUUGGCACACCAAAUGACGAAUCUAGAAGUAUUCAUACGUGUUUCGACUGCGUAUGCAUAUUGCAGUCGAAAACACAUUGAGGAAAUUGUUUGUCCACCUCCUGUUGAUCCCAAGAAACUGAUGGAUUCUCUUGAGUGGAUGGAUGAUGGCCUGGUGAAUGAUCUUACACCUAAACUGAUUGGCGAUAGGCCUAACACUUACACUUAUGCAAAAGCCUUAGCCGAAUAUGUAGUACAGCAAGAAGGUGCAAAAAUAAACAUAGCCAUUAUAAGGCCAUCUAUUGUUGGUGCUAGCUGGAAGGAGCCUUUUCCUGGAUGGAUUGAUAACUUCAAUGGACCUAGUGGCCUCUUCAUUGCUGCAGGAAAAGGAAUUCUUCGAACAAUGAGAGCUACCAAUGGUGCAGUAGCAGGUCUUGUUCCAGUAGAGGUUGUUGUCAGUAUGAUGCUGGCUGCAGCCUAGUAUUCUGGAGUUAAUAGACCAAGAAAUAUCGUGGUAUACAACUGUACAACAUGUGGUACCAACGCUUUCCGCUGGAGUGAAGUUGAGUACCAUGUAAUUUCUGCUUUCAAGAGGAAUCCUCUUGAACAGGCCUUCAGACGGCCCAAUGUUAAUCUAACUUCCAAUCACCUUUUGUAUCAUUACUGGAUUGCUGUAAGCCAUCAGGCCCCAGCAUUCCUGUAUGACAUCUACCUCAGGAUUGCUGGAAGAAGCCCACGGAUGAUGAAAACAAUAUCAUGUCUUCAUAAGGCCAUGAUGUUAUUAGAAUAUUUUACGAGCAAUUCUUGGGUCUGGAAUACUGAAAAUGUGACUGUGCUAAUGAAUCAGCUGACCCCUGAAGACAAAAAGACUUUUAAUUUUGAUGUUCGACAACUACAUUGGGCAGAAUACAUGGAAAACUACUGCAUGGGAACAAAGAAAUAUGUGCUGAAUGAAGAAAUGUCUGGCCUCCCUGCAGCUCGGAAACACUUGAAUAAGUUAAGGAAUAUACGCUAUGGAUUCAAUACAAUUCUUGUGAUCCUGAUCUGGCGUAUCUUUAUUGCAAGAUCACAAAUGGCAAGAAAUAUCUGGUACUUUGUGGUUAGUCUGUGUUACAAGUUCCUCUCGUACUUCAGAGCCUCCAGUACUAUGAGAUACUGAAGAAGAGAAUUGAGCAUUAGGACUUCUAUGCAUAUGGUGAUUUAACUACACAAAGCCUGUAACGUAGUCAUCUCACAUUUUGUAAAAGCAUAAUUUCAUCUUAAAUUGGAGUACAAAAUAGAUGGUAUGGUAUAUGUACUAUUAGUUAUAUAUCUUCCAGAAGACAUAAAAUCAAAUGGUCAAGUGCUGGUCUGAAUUGGUGUUAGACAAGCAUUUAAAUAACUUGAAUUCAUUGACCUGGGGAGAGAAUGUUUUAGACCACUGACCAACAUAACUGUGCAAUUUGGAAUGUUUUGAUUGAAAUCUGCCUUAACAUACUUAUUUUUUUUCUUUUAAUUUUUACACCACAUUGAGGAAGGUAAAUAUUGUCAUAGUAAUUGCUAGUUUAUUGACCUAUUUAUUUGAAAUCCUAAAACUGCAAAGGAUUUUGAGUUUCAGAAGUGUAUAAAUGCUGGUGGAUCUCCUGGGAAAACUAGUGGAGGACUUCUAUAAUUUGUCUUUACUUUUGCCGCUUCUUCCCUUCUCAAAGUAGGGUCAUAAUGGUAACUACUUUGCUUUUAAAAG